AUGGCGGACGGUGAGGGCAAAACCGGCAACAAUGGGAAAAAAGUUAAUCUUCUGGUGGUUACAUACCCAGCUCAAGGUCACAUAAAUCCCCUUUUACAAUUCUCCAAACGUCUCCAUCACAAGGGCGCCGCCGUGACCUUCGUCGUCACCAAAUUCCUUUUCAAUAACCAACCCAACUCCGACCACCCUCCGCCGUUCUCCGUCGAGACCAUCUCCGACGGCCACGACGCCGGCGGAUUUCCCUCCGCCGUCUCCAUCUCCGACUACCACGACCGCUUCAAGCAUGACGGGUCACAGACUCUCCGGGAUCUGAUACGGCGGAAGGAGGACGCCGGCCGCCGCAUCGACGCCGUGGUGUACGACGGAGUUAUGCCGUGGGUUUCGGAUGUGGGGAAGGAAUUCGGGCUGAGGACGGUGGCGUAUUUCACACAGUCUUGCGCUGUGAAUAACAUUUAUUACCAUGUUUACAGGGGAGAAAUUAAGGUGCCGGUGGUGGCGGAGGAGGAGAUUCGGAUCGCCGGAAUGCCGCCGCUGACGACGGCGGAUAUGCCGUCGUUUAUCCAGGUUGUGAACCCAUAUCCGGGAUUCUCCGAUGUGGUGAUUAAUCAGUUUGGAAACGUGGAGGAAGCCGAUUGCUAUGGAAAAGCUGGUUGGCUUAUUGAGAUGAAUGGUGGAAGUGCUUCUAUCGGUAUAGCUAUGGAAAAGCUGGUUGUUAUUGGAAGUUAUGCAUGGAAGCUUAUCUACAAGGGCAAGAUUUGUGUUAUUUAA